AUGGUCGACCGCAGAUGGAGCGCUGGAGAGACGGUAGCUCUCAUUGAUGCAUGGAGGCCGCUGUACAACCGCCGACGAGGUGGCGAAUGCGACGUGUGGGUGCCGGCGAACCAGCGCAGCCGGGCGCGCAGCACCGGCGCUCUCGUCGGCGAGGACUGGAGGGCUGUGGCCACGGCCGUCAAUGGCUUCCGCACCGAAAUCAAGCUCGACCCCGAUCGAGCACACAAACAGUGCCAGAGGCGUGUGGAGCGGCUCAAGAGCCGAUUCGGCGAUAAGCAGCUUGCCACACCGUCAUGGUAUGGCUUUGUGCCCGUCGUCUGCAACAACACCGCGGGCGGGCGCGGGCACUCUAGGCUUCGCGUGCUAGCAACUGCGGCCAUGGAGGCCCACGGUGGCGGUGGUGGUGGCGGUGCUGCGGGAGGAAAAGCUCGCGGCGGCUCGGCGGCGGCUGAGGGCGGUUCUGCAGCGGUGGAUGUCGGUGGUGUCGUGGUGGGUGUCCCCGUGGGCGGUGCCACGGAGAACGCGAGCGACGGCGUGGCCGUGGAGGUGGAGGAGGGCGGUACUGCUACCACGCCAGAGGAGGCACUCGGCAGCGGCGCUACGUCGGAGGAUCCUCCGUCCGGACCUGUGGAUGGCCUCACCGCCGCCGCGACUGACUUCUUUGGGGGCCCGAUUCCCAAGAAGCGGAGGACCUUUGCCUCCACCUCCACCUCUGCCUGUGCUGGUCAAGGAGGAGCUGCCGGCGGUUUCGCUGCCACCGCGGCGGAAACGGCCGCCGCGCUGGGUGAGGUCGUUGCCGCGGAGUCCAACGACAUGGCAGUGGUGGCGAAGCUGUCCGAGAUGUUCAAAGAGGCGACCACGAUGUACAGAGAGAUUACGAUGGAGAGGAUGGAGCUCCAGAAGCAGAUGGUGGCAGCGCUGGCUGCGACUACGGGUGGUGCCGCCGUGCCGGAGCCGGAUGCCGCCCCGUACAUGCCUGUCGUGGGCGUCUGA